AUGCUACUAAAAAAAUGGUUUCACAGUACUACUCAACGCCCAUUUGGUCUUUCCUGUGCAAAUGCCAUAAUUGUCAAGCCUUUUUCGAGAUUCGUACCGACCCUAAGAAUUCACAAUAUGUGGUUGAAUCAGGUGCAAGAAAGAGGGUUACAGAAUGGGAACCCUCCGAAGAUGAUCAUGUGUUUGGCUCCGGCACGUAUAUGCGGCUGA